AUGCCGGCCACCGGUCGCCGCUCCAGGCGGGUAGCCGUCCUACGCUGCAUCAUCGCCGCGCUGGUCGUCACCGUGCUCCUUGCCGGCCUCGCCGUGCUCGUCUUCUGGCUCGUUGUCCGGCCCAAGCCCAUCGAGUACACCGUCACAGGCGCCCUCGUCAAGCACUUCAACAUCACGGCGCCGCCCGCCGCCGCGCUCAACGCCACCUUCUACCUCACCCUCGCGGCGGCCAACCCGAACCGGCGCGUGUCCAUGCGCUACGAGUCGCUGGAGCUGUACGUGCACUACGGCGAGGGCGAGGGGGCGCCGCAGCUGGCGAUCGCCGACGUGCCGGGCUUCCACCAGCCUAGCCGGAACGAGACGCGCCUCGAGGUGCGCGCUGUCGCGCGGGCGGCGCCGGUGGCCGACCGGGCCGCGCGGGAGCUCGAGCACGACCGCUCCGCCGGCCAGGUGGCCGUGGAGGUGCGCGUGAGCGCGCGCGUCUGCUUCGAGGUCGGCCGCGUCAGGUCCAGGCACUACGACAUGCGGGCUGUCUGCUCGCCGGUGGUCAUCGGCUUGUCGCCCAAGUCGGCGCGGUCCUUCCCGAGCGUGCCGUGCGACGUCGCCAUUUCGUGA